GCACUCAGAGCAUUCCGGCGGCUGGUUGGGUGGCCAGGAAGAUCCCUUUCUUUUCUCCCUCCCCCCAGGUAGGAGCAGAAGCACUUUCCUCACCCUCUCCACCUCCCAAGCGGGGGAGUGUUCUUAGGCACUGAAGCUGUCCCCAUUGAAAAGGGCCUCCCUGGGCCUACCAAAGCCAGGAAUGAAACAGGGACCUCUAGGCAGUCACUCUACAUUUUCCAGAGGACCCUGGAGUGCUGGACUUUGGCUUUUUCUCUCAGGGGAAGGGCCUGGGAGCCAUGAAGAUUCAGUGCAAAACGUGCUUGAGCCCUUCUCAGAAGUGCUGUGCAGUGCAGGUUCUGCCAGCAGCUCUCACACCCAGAAUCAGAGCCUGGGAUCCACAGCCGCUGCUUCCCGGAAUGCUGGAGAGGAAUGUGAGACCCACGCGCUGCAGGUAUUUCAGAACUGGGCAGAUGCGCUCUCCAGGAAUUUACCAUCCCCCUUCUCCACAGGCCAGCAUGUCUCCCGAGACCAGCACGGCCUGGGCAAGCCCCGUGAGUCUGGAUUUCUGAACACAGGAAAUGCCUUUAUGUUUGCAAGCUCUUUUGGGGCCCCCCCAGUCUGUGCCUUGCACAGAGGGAUUGGUCGGCUAAUCACCUGGAUGCAGGUGCUGGAUUCUGCACAGAGCUCUCUCCAGUCAUGGCUCUUUGCCUCCCACUCAGACCUGGAUCUUAUUCACCCCAAACCCCCAGUGCAAUCUGACCUCGGCCCCCUGUAACUUGGAUGUUCAGAGGUGUCUGCCAGCCUGUAGGGCAACGGAGGGGGUGGCAUGUUAACAGGCGGCAGCAAUCAGAGCAUUGUGUUGGCACAUGGGUGAGAGGACAUACACCCCACUGCUCCUGUGCAUGGAAUUAAUUUGUGGCUGCAGAAAGAGCCCCAAGAUGCUGUGGCAAAGCUUUGGCAUGAGAAAUUAUUGAGGAUCCCUAACUUCUGAGCAGACUGAGUGCCACCCUCCAGGCAUCAUUGGCCAGAAGGCAGCAGGGCUGCCAGACACCAGCAGCCAAUGAGACGCCCAGGAUCUGUUUAAAGGGCUGUUCUCCCGCCCCCUUCCAACCCUACAAAAGGUGACACGCAGGUGCCCCCAGCAAUCUCCCUGCCAGGCCAGCUGGGUGGAUGGGGCUGUAACAGGAGGUGCGGCUGUGUCUGCACCAAUCCAAUUCAGACAGGUGCCCCCAAGGGACACCCCCCCAGCUCUGCAACAGUGGGAGUCCCCGGAGGAUGCCCGUCCUCGCCUCGCCCGACAUCACUGCCCGCUUCAAGGAGAAGUGGCUGCUGCUGCCCCCAGAGGACCAAGGCAAUGAGGGCGGGACCACGCCCCUGGACGACAGCCUCACCAGCCUGCAGUGGCUGCAAGACUUCUCCAUCGUCACGGUUGAUCCGGAGAGGCCACCCGCCCCCAGCCACCCUCUCCACCAGCAGCUCUUUCCAGAGGCCGAGGCCCCGGCCAGCCCACCAGCAGGAGACACCGCAGCCACUGGGAUGCCCCUGAGCCUGGGCAAACCCACCUCCGCCGCCACCUCGCCUGGCACCAGCUACCCGCCUGGCCUUGGCACCGCCGAGCAGAUCGAUUACAGGAGCAACCCUGGGGUGAAGCCCCCUUACUCCUACGCCACCCUCAUCUGCAUGGCUCUGCAGGCCAGCCAGCAGGCCAAGGUCACCUUGUCAGCCAUCUACAGCUGGAUUGCGGAGAACUUCUGCUACUACCGGCACGCCGAGCCCAGCUGGCAGAACUCCAUCCGGCACAACCUGUCCUUGAACAAAUGCUUCCGGAAGGUGCCGCGGCAGAAGGACGAGCCGGGCAAGGGGGGCUUCUGGCAGAUC